AAAUAUUGUUUGUCUCUUUCUUAUUGCGCAAGCGCAAAAGAGGACAAUCUCGAAAUGUUUGUAACUUUAAGUUUGGUUAAGAGUUAAUCUGAUUUAUAAAGAAAAAAGUUAUAGUUUUUAUCAUGGCAGUGUGGCCUAGAGGACUUGUUGCCUAUAUCGAUUCAAAAUUGGCGGUUCGAAAUCGCCGGGGACGUCACUUGCGUGUCUCGAACGCCGCGCCGCGCCGUUGCGAUCGCGAGCGCCGUUUCAAGGGCAAACACUGGCGCAUCGUCGGCUAACUUAACAGCAGUGUCAGUCGUCAACAUGAUGUGGCACCUCGCGUAGCGCCAGCCACCCCCCGUGUCACACGCUAACCACCGACACAAUCGUCCCUUCGAGUUCAGCGGGAGCGCGCGACCAUUAUGUAAUCGGAACGGGCGCACGGCCGAGCCGCCCCGCGAGUUACCCGUCAACCGACAGUUCGAGCGACGAAGACGACGACGACGACGACGACGUAAAAACAUUAUCCCAAUAGUAACGCAUCACACACACGAGCCGAUAACUCCGGAAUCAAGUACAAAACGCGUCCCGGGGACAACACACGCCGGACGCGACCCGCGACAAAUGCUGGCUGUGUAACACGCAACUCCGUUCAAACGAUAAACGAAAAACGAAAACAUGGAUUGUCCGGUGCCAGAACUGGAGGAGCUGACGGUGUGCGGCUACUGCAAGCAGAAGUUCAACGACACCGACCAGAGCCCGAAGUUGCUCAGCUGCAAGCACUACUUCUGUCUGCAGUGCACGAGGACGAGCCUCACCAAAGGGCCGGACCUCUAUUGCGUCUACUGCUGGAAGCGCACCGAAAUCGGCGAUCUAGGACCGGAGGCGUUGCCCACGUACGCACCCGUCUUGUGUCUGGCCAAGAAUUUCGCUCAGCUUAAGCUCAAACCGCCUGACAAACCUAACAAGGUGAUUUCGGAAAAUUGCCACACGCACGCGAUGCCGCUGGCGCUGUGGUGUCAUACGUGUGGCGCCCCAGUGUGCCGCGCCUGCGCCAACACUUCCGACCAUUCGACCCACCAGAUUAAGUCCCAGGUGGAGGCUAAAGACCAGCUCGUUGCCGAAUUGCAAAUCGACCUGGCUGCUAUGAACAAAAUGCUAGCUGAGAUUCAGCGUCUGGCCGUGCAGCAGCGCGAGUUCCUGCUUAAGAUCCUGGAGGCGUGCGUCACGCUUAAGACCCACGUAGAAGCGGAUCUGGCCAAUAACGCAUCGCACUUUGAAUUGGCCGACACCAGGGAUGCGUUGGCGAAACUCAGAUUGAAUCUGUCGAUGGCCGAGACGUUAACGGACGUGCACAGUUUGUGCUCCAGUGUCGGCGUUGAAAAGCAACGAUUGCAGCUACGCUAUCAGGAGAUGUAUCUUCAAUGUCAACUGGACGAUCUAAUACGUAAUUCGUCCGUGAUUUUCGACUUCCAGUUGCUGAAACAGGCGUUGAGCAACAUUCAUAACGGCGGCGAACCCGUUGUCUAUCCGGGCAAUUCACGCAUUCUGCCGCCAAAUCAACAGAAUCCCAUACUGUUCCUCGCCAACUAUUGCAUGUCACAACUGUACUCGCGUCAUAUGUUAUCCAAACAGACAACUGUGAACGGUAACAUGGAUUAUCACAAUCACAACACGAUCGCCCCAACCAAUUAUCUCAGCCACAAUCCGCAACAUCUUGUGUUAUCCACCCCCAAAAACAUCUACCAGGAGAACAACCUGCUGAUGCAGAACAUGAUCCAUUCGCCACAAAUCCGCAACCCGGCCAAUAUGUGUCCCAUGUACUACUUCAACGUCGAGGUAAACGGUACACAAUUGGGCAGGAUCGUCAUUGAAGUGCGGGCGGACGUGGCACCGAAAAUGGCGAAGAAUUUCGGCAUGCUGACCACAGGUGAAGCGGGCAUGGGUUACAAGGGCUGUCAAAUAUUCCAGUGUUGGGAAGGCGAGAGCGUGAUCACAGGAGAUUUCGAAUUGAACAACGGCAGAGGCGGACGCAGCAUCUUCGAGGAGCCCUAUUUUCUGCCGGACGACACGAAAUUGAUGGCGGUCAGGGGAACGGUGGGAAUGCGACGUACCCAGAAGCGCCACGACAAUCUCGGUAUGGUCGGAUCGCAGUUCCGGAUCAUAUUGCAGGAGAUGCGCGGAUUUACCGGGAUCUUUGGCCACGUUGUAGACGGUUUGGAGCUGGUGGAAAAGAUCAGCACGUACGGCGACACGGCUGGCAAACCGACGAAGAACAUCGUCAUCGCAAAAUGCGGCAAGUUGUAGACAGUAUCGUCUUUAUUUUUGUUUUAACGGACGUUUAUCGGAAAAGCACGUGCCGCUCCCUCCCCACCUUUCGCAAUAUCUGUGUAACGAUCGCGACGCGUUUUAUUGUAACAAUAGACCCCGGGGGAAAGAGUGGCGUGCGCUUUUCAUUUUUAUUGGCGACCCGUCGGAUUUUCCACGAAAAUAUUUAAUGAAAAUCACCCCCGCAAAGACUGACCGUUUUCCGUUUUGCUUCUGCGCCAUCGUAGCGCUUCGAUUCGAAUCAUAAAACCGAUAACAAAUACUAAAAGCGAAAAGGCAAAUCUUGACGGGUUGUCGUUAGAUUUUUAACGUUGUACAAAUCAAAUCUGGCUGAGAAUCACGAACUAAACAAAACGGCAGGACUGUACAAUACAUAAAAAAUACAACAAAAAAAAAAAAAAAUUAGAAGUAUAAAUAUUUAUCUGUAUAGGUGUAAUUGUAUGUGUAGCUUUCGCCGCGAUGGAACCGUCUUAGCUUAACAAAACAAGAAAACUAUCGAAUUCCAAAAAUAUAUUUUCGUAUAUUGUAUGUUUAAAACGUGUGUAAAAAACAACAAAGAAAAGAUAGACGUUUUUAUUGUUGUCGUUUUAUAGCUUUUUCGACAGAGAUCAUAUAGAAAGUAGAUUGUAAAGCGUUUGUUAUGUUUUAUGUGUUUUCGAACGGAGGGUGAUGUUAAAGAUUAAAGAGUCUAAGUAUAAAAAUCGAAAAGCGUUUUUUUUUUAGGUUUGGAAACCGAUUCCGAGGGUUUUCCGCAUCACAGAGUGUCUCUUCACUUUUUUAAUUCCAGUUUUUAGUACUUUUUUAUUAAAGCUUUUUUUAAUUUUUUAGAUCAACUUUAAGUACCUUAUAGUCGUUAUAAACCGUACUGCGAAUACGAAGAACGUGUUUUUUGUUUUGUUUCUUUUUAGCACGCCGAAAUUUCGGCCGUAUCAAUAGCCAAAGUUCUUUACUAUUUAGACAAGUUACACGAGUUUGUUUUUUGUUUGUUUGCAUUGUCUGUUUUAAGAGCAAGAUGCAUCGGAUUGUGUAACUACGUAGGUUUUAAGAGCGGUAAAUCGGUAUAAAACUGUUAAACUUAUAUUUAUAAAAGUUUAUCUAGAUUUAAGUUAACUGUAGUCUUGUUCGGGUUUAAAUUAUUUUAUCCAUACCAAAACUUAUGUGGUAUCUAAUACAGCGUUGUCAUAACUGGUAUUGAUAAUAAACAGUUUAUUUUAA